GGGCUCCUUGUCUGGUCCUGGUGUGGAGAAGGAAGAGGUCCGCAUCCCAACACAGGACGGGGCAAACCCAAGCCGCCACGGGAGGAGAACACUUUUACUUUGACUUUCGAAGACUUUCUUUACAUGGAGGGCAAGAAAUGACAUCGUCAGCGUGCGAAAGGAGGGCGUUUGCUCAUAAAAUCAACCGGACGAUUGCAGCGGAGGUCAGAAAACAAGUGACCAGAGACUAUGGCUCACCUCAGCUGUCUAAGAAAAGAGGAGGAGCUCAUCAACCUUUACCCCUGACGGAGGUGGUUGAACCAGUGGACUUUGAAGAAUAUGUGAGCAGUCACGCUCCAGGGGUUGAGGCCGGCCCCCUCAGACAGCUGAUGGAGUUUCCCCAGGAUGACCUGGAGCUCCUCCCGCUGGACAAAGAGUGCACUACACUGGAGCCACCUCUGCCUGAGGAGGAGGAGGACUCACUAGAUCCCAGAGUGAGAGAUGCCCUGGCUGUCUACACAGAUGACUGGCUUGUCAUACAUAGAAAAUUUCAACACUACAGCACCACUUACACCCCUCAAAACUCUGAGCGACAGAGAGAGAGGCAGCGAGGGCUGGUCAAACAGACCUUUGAACUGGACGAGGCUGCUGUGCACGAUCGCCAGGACGACCAGGAUGACUCGAAGCGGAGGUCGGUUAGCCUCGAUGAGACCCCCCGAGGCAGCUGGGCCUCCAGCAUCUUUGACCUGAAGAACUCCUCCCCGGAUGCGUUGCUCCCGUCCGUGCUGGAGCGGACAGCUGCAGAGGAUAUGGACCGGAACAACACGGAGGCACGCUCUCAGGAGCGCCACAGUGACCUGCUGGGCCUCUACCCUCCCCCUGAUGAGGAUGAAGCAGUGGAGAGAUGUCCUCUACCUGAGGUGCCCAAAGAGCACUGCGGCCAGAGGAUUAUGGUCAAGUGUUUGUCACUAAAAUUUGAGAUUGAAAUUGAGCCAAUAUUUGGAUCACUUGCUCUUUAUGACGUUAAGGAAAAGAAAAAGAUCUCAGAGAAUUUUUACUUCGACCUUAACUCAGAUCAGAUGAAAGGACUGCUGAAACCUCACACACCUCACAUAGUUAUAUCCACGCUGGCUCGUUCCGCCAUUUUCUCCAUCACAUAUCCUUCUCCAGAUAUCUUCUUGGUCAUUAAGCUUGAAAAAGUUCUUCAGCAGGGAGACAUUGGUGAAUGCUGUGAACCCUACAUGGUCAUGAAAGAAUCGGACUCCUCAAAGCACAAGGAGAAGCUGGAGAAGCUCCGCCUCCAGGCAGAGCAGGCAUGCUCUCGUCUUGGACGUUUCCGCAUGCCUUUUGCCUGGACAGCCAUUCACCUCCUCAACAUCGUCAGCAGCGUUGGUGGUCUCGAUCGGUCUGACCCAGACUCUGACUCUGAACGAAAGAGCCACGGGACCUGGAAUGAGAGAAAGAAGAAGGGGUUUGAGAGAAUGAGUGUUGGGGAGGAGAUGUGUAACUUUGCCACUUUCCGCCCAGCAACGCUCACCGUCACCAACUUCUUUAAACAGGAGGGGGAUAGACUGAGUGAUGAGGACCUCUACAAGUUUUUGGCAGACAUGCGCCGGCCGUCCUCUGUUCUGCGAAGGCUGAGACCUGUCACUGCUCAGUUGAAAAUUGACAUCUCUCCAGCACCGGACUCACCACAUUACUGCCUCUCACCAGAACUCCUUCACGUGAUACCUUAUCCGGACCUGCGCGUCCGGCCCACCAAAGAGGUGCUGGAGUUCCCUGCUCGUAAUGUGUACACGCCGCACACCACGUACAGGAAUCUGCUCUAUGUGUACCCGCAAAGUCUGAACUUCAGCAGCCGCCAGGGCUCAGUCAGGAACAUUGCUGUGAAAGUUCAGUUUAUGGCAGGAGAAGAUCCCAGCCAAGCUUUACCAGUCAUCUUCGGAAAGUCAAGUUGUGCCGAGUUCAUGAAAGAGGCAUACACUCCCAUCAUCUAUCAUAACAAGUCCCCUGAGUUCUAUGAGGAGACGAAGAUGAAGAUUCCUGCCAAUCUGACAGACAACCAUCAUCUGCUGUUCACCUUCUACCACAUCAGCUGCCAACCCAAGCAGAACACUCCUCUGGAGACCCCCGUGGGCUACACUUGGAUACCUUUGAUGCAGCACGGCCGACUGCGCACCGGCUCCUUCAGUCUUCCUGUGUCUGUGGAAAAGCCUCCACCCAGCUACUCGGUACUCACCCCCGAUGUUCAGCUUCCAGGCAUGAAGUGGGUGGAUAAUCACAAAGGAGUUUUCAAUGUCGAGGUGACAGCAACCUCCUCUGUUCACACUCAGGACGCACACCUGGAUAAGUUCUUCACUCUGGUGUAUGUUCUCGAGGAGUACUCCUUCCCGUUCCGACUGAAGGAUGUGAUUAUUACCGAAGCAAACAUGGAAGGCGAGCUGAAGGCCAGCAUCUCAGCGCUGAGAGGGUCUCAGCUGGAUACUUGUGUCAGAUUUUUGCAUCAGCUUUUCAACAAACUCAUUCAGCUAAUCGUGUACCCGCCAGUCAUUGCAGGCCAAAUUGUGAACCUUGGCCGGGCUGCUUUUGAAGCUAUGGCGCUGUUGGUUAACCAGAUCCACAAAAACCUGGAGGGAAACCAAGACCAGCACGGUCGCAACAACCUGCUGGCAUCUUAUGUCCAUUACGUUUUCCGCCUGCCCACCGCUGAACCCAUCAUGCCUCCAGCAGGCGCCCAUCCCUAUGAGAUGCCGGUGCAGUAUGCUACCUUAUCCAGGGCGACAGGCCGCCCGAGCAGCCUGCAUCUGUCCCGUUCAAAGAGCAUCAGCAACUCAAACCCCGACCUGGCCACCACGCCGAUUUCCCCGGAUGAGGAAGUCCAAAGGAUCAUAGGAAGCAAGGCAAGCGACCACAGCUGCAAUCGCAUGUCUGCCUUUCUGGACAGUGUGGCCUUGUUAACUGUUCCCACCAGACCGAUUACGAAGAAGUUGCUCCACGAGGAGCUGGCGCUGCAGUGGGUGGUCAGCACCAGCGCAGUGAGGGAAGCAACGCUGCAGCAGGCUUGGUUCUUCUUCCAAUUGAUGACCAAGAGCAUGGCUCAUCACUUAUUCCUGACUUCUAAACUGGAUUCUCCCAGGCGACAGCGCUACCCAGACCGCUUCGUUGACGACAUUGCAGCACUCGUGUGUGCCAUCAGUGCAGACAUUGCAAGCAGACAUCACAAGGAUGUGGAGGUUGUGGAGAGGCUGAACAACAGUCUGGCCUUCUUCCUUAAUGAUCUGCUGUCUCUGGUGGACCGGGGUUUUGUCUUCAACCUCAUUCGCUCCUAUUACAAACAGAUCGCUAACAAGCUCCACACGACGCAGAAUCCCAGCUCUCUGAAUGCCUUAAGGAUGGACUUUAUGCGUAUUGUCUGCAGCCAUGAGCAUUAUGUCAUCCUCAACUUGCCCUGCUCAACUCUGAGCCCUCCAGCGUCCCCCUCCCCUUCUACCUCAUCCACCACUUCACAGAGCUCAGCAUUUUCAAGCAUGGUUCAAGACCAGGGUGUGGCCACCAUGUUUGAGCUGUCGGUCCCUUUUCGCCAGCAGCACUUCCUGUCUGGCCUGCUGCUCACUGAACUCGCUCUCAUUCUUGAUCCUGAUGGUGAAGGGGUUUUCUUCCUUCAUAAAAAGGCCAUCAGUGCCGUUCACUCGCUGCUGUGCAGCCAUGAUGCGGACCCUCGUUACCAGGACCCUCAGGUUAGGGCGCAUGUCGCUCAGCUCUACCUGCCCCUGCUGCCCAUUGUCAUGGAGUCGCUGCAUCAGCUCCAUGAUUUCUGUGAUUCCUCGCUUUCUCGCGCUCGCCUUUCCUCUGCCUACUUUGAAGACACUGACCCAGACAGUGGCAACAUUAUCAGCCAGUCUGUUGCCAUGGCGAUCGCUGGCUCCCCUUUACCGCAUGCCAAAGCCAACCCAUUUGCUCUCCCCUCUGUGGCCGGGCGCCAAAGCAGCUCUCUGUCUGCCGAGUGCAGCCGGACUCUGCUGGUGUGCUUCCUGUGGGUGCUGAAGAACGCAGACGCAUCUCUCCUGGAGCGCUGGGUGUCGGACUUAUCUGUCUUGCAGAUCAACCGCUUAUUGGAUCUACUUCAUCUGUGUGUAUCCUGUUUUGAAUACAAGGGGAGGAAAACGCUUGAAAGAAUAAACAGCCUGACAUUUAAAAAGUCUCAGGACAUGAAAGCCCGACUGGAGGAAGCCAUUCUGGGAACUAUAGGGGCUCGUCAAGAGAUGGUCCGCCGCUGCAGAGGUGAGGAGCGUGAGAACAUGAUGGUUCAUGAUUUGUCUACAGCUGUUAAAAUCUCACAUAUUCACUUUUUUUUUGUUACCGUAACAGAAAGGAGUCCUUAUGGUAGCCAGGAAAAUGUCAGGUGGAAAAAGAAUGUCACCCACUGGAGACAAAAUACAGACAGAGUCGACAAGAGUAAGGCUGAGAUGGAGCAGGAAUCUGUGGUGGAUGGAAACUUAGCUACUGAGGUGUCCCUCAUAGUACUUGACACACUGGAAAUUAUAGUAAAGACUGUGGUUGCCUCUGAACUGAAGGAGAGUGUUCUCGGUGGAGUCCUGAGAGUGAUUCUUCACAGCAUGGCAGGCAACCAGAGCGCCCUCUUUCUGCAGCAUUGCUUUACUACACAGAGAGCACUGGUUUUCAAGUUUCCAGAGAUGCUGUUUGAAGAGGACACUGAGCUUUGCGCAGACCUUUGUUUGCGUCUCCUCCGUCACUGCAGCAGCAGCGUCGGCUCUGUCAGGAGCCAGGCCUCCGCCUCUCUUUAUCUCCUCAUGAGGCAGAACUUUGAGAUCGGAAAUAACUUUGCGCGAGUAAAGAUGCAGGUCACCAUGUCUCUGUCCUCUUUGGUGGGAACGUCACAGAACUUCAACGAAGAGCAUCUUCGUCGGUCACUAAAGACAAUUUUGACAUAUGCUGAGGAGGACCUAGAGCUGCGUGAAACGCCUUUCCCAGAGCAGGUUCAGGAUCUGGUGUUCAACCUGCACAUGAUUCUUACUGACACUGUGAAAAUGAAAGAGCAUCAGGAGGAUCCUGAAAUGCUCAUUGACCUGAUGUACAGGAUCGCCAAAGGCUACCAGAACUCGCCUGACCUGCGCCUCACGUGGCUGCAGAACAUGGCCGGAAAACACUCUGAGAGAGGGAACCACGCCGAGGCGGCCCACUGCCUCGUUCACAGCGCAGCGCUGGUGGCAGAGUACCUCAACAUGCUGGAGGACUGCCGCUACCUGCCCAUCGGUUGUGUAACAUUUCAGAAUAUCUCAUCCAACGUGUUAGAGGAGUCGGCAGUUUCAGAUGACGUUCUGUCCCCUGAGGAGGAAGGCAUUUGUGCUGGGAAGUAUUUCAGUGAGGUCGGCCUGGUGGGCCUCCUGGAGCAAGCAGCUGCCUCUUUUAACAUGGCUGCCAUGUAUGAAGCUAUAAACGAAGUGUACAAGAUUCUGUUGCCCAUCCACGAAGCCAACAGAGACUUCAAAAAGCUGGCGACUGUCCACGGGAAGCUGCAGGAGGCCUUCAACAAAGUCUACAACCAAAGUUCAGGAUGGGAGAGAAUGUUUGGGACCUAUUUCCGAGUUGGUUUCUAUGGCUGCCACUUUGGAGAUUUGGAUGAGCAGGAGUUUGUCUACAAGGAACCUUCAAUCACCAAAUUAGCUGAAAUCUCCCACAGGCUUGAGGAGUUCUACUCAGAAAGGUUUGAGGAUGACGUGGUUGAAAUUAUCAAGGACUCUAGUCCAGUCGACAAAAGUAAACUGGAUCCCAACAAGGCCUACCUCCAGAUCACCUACGUCGAGCCUUACUUUGACACAUACGAGUUGAAAGAAAGAAUCACCUAUUUUGACAAGAACUACAACCUGCGAACCUUCAUGUACUGCACUCCCUUCACUCUGGACGGCCGGGCACACGGCGACCUGCAUGAGCAGUACAAACGCAAAACGAUCCUGACAACGUCUCAUGCCUUCCCUUACAUAAAGACACGCGUCAACGUCAUCCACAAGGAGGAGAUUAUCCUUGUUCCAAUGGAGGUGGCGAUUGAAGACAUGCAGAAGAAGACGCAGGAGCUCGCCUUUGCCACGAAUCAAGACCCGGCGGACCCUAAGAUGCUUCAAAUGGUGCUGCAGGGGUGCGUGGGAACCACUGUUAACCAGGGUCCCCUUGAGGUGGCGCAGGUCUUUCUCUCCGACAUUCCAGAGGACCCAAAGCUGUUUCGCCAUCACAACAAACUGCGGCUUUGCUUUAAAGACUUCACCAAGAGGUGUGAGGACGCCCUGAGGAAGAAUAAGAGCCUGAUUGGGCCAGACCAGAGAGAGUACCACCGAGAGCUGGAGAGGAACUACCACAAACUAAAAGAAGCUCUGGGUCCUCUCAUCACCCGCAAAAUCCCCCAGCUGUACAGACCCCUGCCCGUGCAGACUGUGCAAACACAACGGAAUUCCUAUGGCAGAUCGAGUUUUCGCAAAAUUGAGGCGUAGAAAACUGGACAGCAACUCAAAGCAACAAGCUGUAGAAACUAGCACCAUCCCCUCCCAUCUGUCCUUUCCCCCCCCCACCCUAUUGUGCACCAACUGUCACCAUCACACUCUCACACACACACACCCCAUCAUUCCUCAUCUUGGUCGUUAUUUUAUCCCCAUCCAAAUGCUCAUUCCUUAACCUCUUUUCCCAGCAUAACCACUACUGCUACCAUACACACACUGAUAGAUGUUACCUCUUUUUUUCCUUCUGAACCAUACUCCCCCUCCACCAUCACUACAGGCUCACACCACUGUAGGAAAAAAUCUCAUCUGUUUAUACUUGAAGCUUAUCUGCUUAGUAAACAUUGUCAUUUGGUGUGAGGUUCUUUAAGAGGUCUGCGUUUAAAGAAAGUUGUCUAAAGUAAUCUCCCAAACCCAAAGUAAUCUGUCUGAGCUGAUCUGGCUCUAGUGGUUUUACCAAACAUUAUGUUUCUGAGUUGCUUAAGGUUUAUCGGUUUUGCUUUAGAGAGACUGUCGGUGGCCUGUUUUUUGUCAGGCUUUUUUAAAAAAUUUGUUAGGUUAUUCUAAACCAACUCUGUUGGUAGUCACUGCCAAAGUUUUAAACAAAAAAAAAAAAAAAGUCACCUCACUGUGAGUUUUCUUUUGUUGUAUGUGGACCAAAUGAUCUACAUUCCUUAGUCCUCAAGUUGUCACUUAUAUCAGCUCAUCUCUUUCUAAGAAUUUAAUAUAGAGACUUGCUGGGCACGUUCCAUGCAAGCUCACGUCUCACUUGUAAAAAAAAAAGUCCAAACGUGAUUUUUUUCUUUUUCUUUUAACUGUGAAUUCCUCUCUACUGCAGCCGUAUGCGACGUUUUAUCACAGAAGCUCUGCCUAUAGCGGAAUCAUCUCCUUUAUCUACACAAAUAUGUUCAGACUGUUGCAUCUACUGUCAAACUGCAGUGUGAUAACUGAAUAAGCUUUACCUGUGUGGGCAAACCCCCUUUAGACUUUGGGAUCUGCUGUUAGAAAGCACUCUGUGCUCUUAUGCAUUCAUCAUUACUUGUUAAAUAUGUUUUUUUAUUAUUAUUAUUAUUUUGUAGACAUUUAUUAACUACUGUAUCUUUAAAAUUGCACUAUUGUAAACAACCUGUGGCACAUAAACUGUUAUAACCAAACAAGUUGUGCUUUUAUUUACAACUGCUUUUUUUUUUACCGGGUAGUUUUGUAUUUAUUUAGUCUGUAUUCUAUUAAAUAUUUCUUUCUUCAAACCGUUUAGCAUUUCCUUUUGGGGUUGGGGAGGUGUGUUGAACUAUUUGGGGCUCAUAAAUAUUUUUGAUCAAUUAAAUAUUUACCAGUGAAUACGACUUUUUAUAAUGUGUUCUGUCCUAGCAGCUCAGAAACAGUGUGGUGGGUCAGGUUCCUAUACAUUGUCAGAGAGACACUUCAAAAGGGGAGAAAGUAUUUUUUAUUUAUUUAUUAUUUUUUCCCAUUUUGUUUAAUUAUCAGGUUCUGGUUUCAAACUGGACCGGCUAUGGCAAAGAAUAUGGAGAGAGAAAGGAAAAAAAUAGUGGGAUAAACACUGGACAUUGCACCAACAAUGACAAAAAUAAGAAGCCAAAAAGACAGUAAAGGAGACUUCUACCAUUUUAAAACAGCCUUAAUAAUGUAAUUGUACUAAGUGUAAUUUAAAAAUAUAUAUAAUGAAGAGAGCCGCUUUGCAUUUUGAUUGUUUCCACUUUUUUGGACUUGUUCUGAAGAGCUUCCCCUAUGGUCUCUGGGUUAACCAUACAUGGCACCUAUGUGAGUCAAAAUGGUUUUCCAGCUUCUUCUUUUUAUUUUAUUCAUUCAUUCAUUUAUUUAUUUAUUGUUGCCAUGCAAUAGUUUUAAUAGUUGUGUGACGUGUAAUUCUGUAAACU